CGGAUGUUGAUAUUAUGUCAAACCGGCCAGGCUAGGAUGAAGCGCAGUUGGCGCUAACGGGCCACUUUAUUAUCUUAUUAAAAACACAACUAGAUAUACAGAUGUCCGGACACAUAUAUUAAAGCGGUGUUUAGGGGCUUAUUUUUGCAUUUUGCCCUCUAUCCAGUCUUUUUUCAUCCUGCUGACGACCUUUUCUUGUAGUCAUGUCUACAGAGGGAUAUCAAUCACCAGCCGACACGAGCUUAAAUAUCCAUGAAGAGCAGAGAGCCAGCCCUGGAAAGACGCCUAUACAGAUCCUGCAUGAAUAUGGCACUAAAAGUGGCCACCUCCCUGUGUAUGUGAUGGAGAAAGCUGAAGGAGAAGCUCACCAGCCCAGCUUUGUCUUCAGCGUGACAAUCGGAGACGUCAGCUGCACAGGUCAAGGUCCCAGUAAAAAGGCUGCCAAACACCAGGCUGCAGAGGCUGCACUGAAUAGUCUGAACAUAGAUGCUGGAAUAGUGAAUGUUUCUGGGAGGUCUGCGGACAGCAACGGUGUUGUAGCAGAAACAAACAACCAUCCCAACUCUGUGGGCAUACUACAGGAGUUAGCGUUGCAGAGAGGAUGGCGUCUUCCUGAAUACUCAAUUUUAAUGGAGGCUGGUCCACCACACAAGAGAGAGUUCACCGUUACUUGUCGAAUGGAGUCUCUGUCAGAGAAGGCUGUAGGAAAUUCAAAAAAAGCAGCUAAAAAGGCAGCAGCAGAGAAAAUGGUGGCAAAGCUUCAAAGUCUGUCAGGCUGUUCUGAAAUCACAUGGACUCCUAAACCAAGUGUUCGAUUUGAGAACUUAAGGAACUCGGCAGCAGAGAAGAUGUCUUCACUGAGAAGAAGCCCGCUGAGCAUUCCCAACACGGAUUACAUUCAGAUGAUGUUGGACCUUUCAAAAGAACAAGGCUUUGAGGUCACAUACUUCGAUAUUGAUGAGCUGACGGUGAACGGCCAGUACCAGUGCCUGGCAGAGCUGUCCACCUCCCCCGUCACCGUGUGCCACGGAACAGGCAUUUCCUGUAGCAACGCACACAACGACGCAGCACACAGCGCCCUCCAGUACAUCAAGAUCAUGGCCUCCAGCAAAUAAACCCCACCAGCCGUCUCUUCAGUUACACUGUCACAUAUAUCAGCUCAUGCUCAGUCAUAAUGAAUUCUUCCUGCGAUAUAAGGUCCAGGUAUAUUUUUGUAACCUUGCAUAUCAUAAAGCAGAGCCAGCUACAUUGACUUUAGUCGUGCAACUUCAUUUGCAUUUGUGAGGAAACUUCUGUAAAUUUAAGAGUCAAAACAGAAUAAAAUGUUGUCGUCAUGCUGUUAAGAUGCCAAUAUGUUUCACUUUAGAUGUCAGUGUAAAUGAUGCAAGAAGCAGAGUUACGAGGGACUUGUUUUUAUCUUUUUUACAUGCAUAGUUUGAGCUGUCAUUGCUUUACAAGUUCACAUUUUUAGUGUUGCCAUAGUGACAAUUCUUUUUGGCCUCUUUUGUCAUCUGGAUGCAAAUGAUUUUAGUUUAAAGUUGGUUUAAUGAAUGUUUAUAGUUUCUCAGCAGUGAUAUAUUGAGAGAGGGAGAAGGAGAUUAAAUAGAAUUUUGUAAGGAUGGGUGGGCUUCAUUUUGAUCCACUUUAUAACUUAUUUUUUUCCAUAUUUCCACUCUUCCAUCUUCCAGUAUGCAAUCUGCAGCACAACCUGGCCGUCUUUAUCUGGUUGACUUUAAAAUAGAUAACAUGUCGCUUUAUAUCCCUGACCGGUUUGUUGCCAUUUUAUUUGCAGUGUGCCUCAUUCUAUCUAGAAGUAAAACGUGAUAUAUUUAAUACAUUUACUGAGUGCUGUUUGAACUGAACCCUGGUGCAGAAUAAUAGCAGCAACACGUGUAUCUAGAAAAAUAAAUCCAGGCACUAAAUGUUAA